UUCGCUCCUCUCACUGUGCUGUCCUGACACAUCACAGAGCAGAGGGUGCAUUUGAUUUGCGUCUCAAAACAGGAUGAGUGUUGUGAAGCAAGCAACGCUGCUGCUGCUGGCGGUGAUCAGCACCUACGCAGACCACCACCACGACUGUCACGGUCUGACCAAAAAGCUGCCAGAAACAGACCUGCACGAGAUUUUUGGGGACUGGGUUCUGGUCUGGUCCGUCUCUAAGCAUGAGAAAGUUCCAGGCCUGUGGUCUGACCUCACCAGCUCCCACGUCGAGCUCCGACUUCUCCCUGACAACCACACCAUCACCUUCACUGAGAGGAACAUGUUCCAUAAUGCGUCCUGUAUUAACUACUUCAUCAACAUGACAACGGACGAGUCUCACAACCACACACUGCAAAUCAUCGGAGGCACAAUGGAGAUAAAUGGAACUAUUAGUCCGGACAAUGAGUUAGGUCAUUUGGAUUUCUAUGAGAGCUGCCCUGACUGUCUGGUGCUUGUCUGGAGCGGUGAAGACCACUUCCUGAUGAUCUACAAGAAGGACGGGGAACAUCGCGAUGCUGAGUUGUUGAAAGCAGCUCACAGCAAUCACACCAAAUUGGCAGAGUGUCUGGGAUUCCCUCAUGACAAAGCAUUCCACUACGAUGGGGCUGCAGAUUUUUGUCAUAAGAAAUCAUCUCCAGAUGAGGUUGAACACCAUGACAAGGAUGACCAUCAUGACAAGGUUGACCAGCAUGAGAAGACUGAACAGCACGAGAAGGUUGAUCCAACUCAGAAGGCUGCAGAGUCCUGAAUGACAAACAUCAGAGUGUCAACAUAUAUCAGAAAUGUCCUCAACUGUUAAAAUAAAAUUAAAUACUAAAA